UUUUAGUUGUAAUUCUUAAUUGGCUGAGUUCUGCAAAUCAUGCCUAGCGGCGAAGGUUCCAGGAAACCCAGUUCGGGUGGCACGGAUAAGUGCAAGAACUUUGUGGUGGAAAAGUUCAUUGGCAAACGCUUUCUGCGCGGACGACCCCAGUAUCUGGCCAAAUGGGAGGGCUUUACCGAGGAGGAGUCCACUUGGGAGCCCCUGGAGAACUUGGCCAAUUGCAUGACGCUGGUGGCGGAUUUCGAGGCAGAGCUCUUCCAGCGGAGCCAGGAACAGCAUAAGCCCAAAUAAGAAUUGAACAUUCUUUAAUCCUAUUGUUUAAUACAAAUAAA